AUGUUGAUCUGCAAAAUCUCGGAAAAGGGGUCGCCGGCGACAGGGGUGGAUCCUCAGUCGAUCACGCUAUUCUCGCCGAGAUCGCCUGCGCUGAAGGUGUAUGCGGAAAACACUGCGAAAGCAAAGCGGGAAACAAUCUGCAAAGAAGAAGCUUUACCCAGCCCUUACAAAGCCGCCGCCGCGUCUGCCUUGGCUUUCCUCUGCGGGUCAUUGUUUCCUCUGUUGCCGGCCAUCUUCAUCGCUCAAAACACGCUCAAAGUCGCGAUUGUCGUGGUGGUUGCCUCCAUAGCUCUUGCUCUGUUCGGAGGCAUCGGAGCUCAUCUCGACGGUUCGUCGGUGAAGGUCCCGGCCACGAGGUUUCUAGUUGGUGGGAGGAUUGCCAUAGGAAUCACCUACGGGUUGCUCAAGCCUUUCGACAAAGACGAUGACAAGUAG